AUGGCCCUCCGACCCGGCCGUCUCCUCUUCACCCUCAUCGCCCUCUUCACCAUAACCGGCCCCUACAUCGCCGACUGGAACACCACCCACGUCUACAACCCCUCCUGGCCCCCCCACGCAAAAUUCCACAACGGGCAGACAAUGAGCAUGGGACUAUACCUCGGGCUUGCAAUGCUAUACUACCUCUACAAACCUCUCUCACUGCCUAAACACAUCCAACCACCCUCUUCCUCACCCCCCAAAACCUCAAACUCUCAAACAUACGGAGAAGGAAUGAAGAAAGGGGAUGUGGAGGUGUUAAGGGAGGCGGAAAAGGGGAAUUUAAUGGUUGUGACGGUGUUGGCGGCUAUGUAUUGGGUUACGCAGCUUAGUGCUAUACUUUAUCCGGGCAGUAGGGCGAUGGAUCCGGAGUUUGGAGAUGGGUUUCCGCAGCUUUGGAUUGAUAUGGGGUGUUUUGCGGUUAUUGCGUGGGGGAAUUGGUUGGAGAGGGGGAGGAUUGGGGGGUUGUAG